ACGGCCCACAGCGCCCCCACCAGCCACCAUGGACUGGAAGACGCUCCAGGCCCUCCUGAGCGGGGUGAACAAGUACUCCACAGCCUUCGGACGCAUCUGGCUGUCGGUGGUGUUCGUCUUCCGCGUGCUGGUGUACGUGGUGGCCGCGGAGCGCGUGUGGGGGGACGAGCAGAAGGACUUUGACUGCAACACUAAGCAGCCAGGCUGCACCAACGUCUGCUACGACGAGUUCUUCCCCAUCUCCAACAUCCGCCUCUGGGCCCUGCAGCUCAUCUUCGUCACGUGCCCGUCACUGCUGGUCAUCCUGCACGUGGCCUACCGCGAGGAGCGGGAGCGGCGGCACCGCCAGAAACACGGCGACCAGUGCGCCAAGCUGUACGACAACGCGGGCAAGAAGCACGGUGGCCUCUGGUGGACCUACCUGUUCAGCCUCAUCUUCAAGCUCCUCAUCGAAUUCCUCUUCCUCUACUUGCUGCACACUCUCUGGUACGGCUUCAGCAUGCCCCGCCUGGUCCAGUGCGCCAACGUGGCCCCCUGCCCCAACAUCGUGGACUGCUACAUCGCCCGGCCCACCGAGAAGAAGCUCUUCACCUACUUCAUGGUGGGCGCCUCCGCCGUCUGCAUCGUGCUCACCUUCUGCGAGAUCUGCUACCUCAUCUUCCACAGGGUUGUGCGAAGCCUUCCCAGAAAGAGCGGCCUCCGGGGCCGCGGCCCCCCGUCCUCCGCCAGCCAGGCCUCCACCUGCCGCUGCCACCACAAGCUGGUGGAGGCCGGGGAGUUGGGCCCGGAUUCCAGCGACGACAAGCUAUGUGCUUCGGCACCCAACAUGACCCCCAUCUGACCACGGGCUGGGGAGCGAUCCUGGGCUGCCCGUGGGGAGAGGCAGGGAGGUAUUGUGCCGGUGGAGGGGUCCUCCCGGGGCUGGGGGGCCCCACUCUGAAUUCACUACACUAUUCAAUUUCACCUUUAGUAGAUUGUUUUGAGCGCUGGGCACUGUGCUGUCUGUCUGGUAUAGGUCUCACCACAGGCCCACUGGCAGGCCUCCUGGGAGAAAGACAAGCAAAUUAACUACUGCCUGCAAGGGGCCACUUAGAGGACUCCGCUGGGCUUCACCGAAGCCAGGAGGGGAUGAUGGGGAGAGGCUUCCCUGAAGGAGGAAUGCUUAAGAGAGGCGAGAAGUGCUUCCUAGCAGACAAAAGCAGGUGCAGAGGCCUGGAGGCCGCAAAAGGAAAGAUGCUUGCCCUGGGUCUGGUGAGAUGUACCAGACCAAAGGGAAUCUUCAUUCCUUCGGGAGAAGCACCCAGAUUCCUGGGAUGGAAAGGAAGUAUCCUCCCAGCAGUGGAGGUCUGGAGGCUGAGAGUAAGCCUGGGAAGAGGAGGGGUAAGCUCUGGUGACACCAACCCCGGCUUGAGACACCCAGAGAUCCUCUGGGUCACCACUGCCCUUUGGGAACCCGCCCCCCAUCUUAUUCCUCCACCCUCAGGCAGCUUUGCUCCCAUCUUCCUCCCACAAAUGUACUCAGUCUGUUGCCAGCCUUUCAGACCCUACUCUCAGGGACUUGAGGUGGAUGUGCUGAUAGGAACAUCCCCGAGGCAAUUUCUUUGAAAUCAAUAAAGGCUGUCUUUUAUACAG